AUGCCAUCAGUUCCUGGAAAAUAUCAACACUACAAAAAUCAAGACAUUGAUGACUACUUUAUAGCUGUAGGUGUCCCAUUUAUGGGUAGAAAAAUGAUGGCAAUGUCAUCACCUUUAAUGGAGAUCACAUUAAAUGGUGAAGAAAUGACAAUAAAAAAUUCAUCACUUUUGAGAACUGUGGAAAUGAAAUUUAAAUUAGGUGAAGAGUAUGAAGAAAAAAUGCCAAACACAACCAUUAAGAGUGUUACUAAACUUAUAAAUGACAAUGAACUAGUAACCGAGUCUAUUAUUCCUGAAACAGGUGCAAAAUGUGGGAGGCAUUACUUAUUUACAGAUGAUGAAUGUGUUAUUACAUUGACACAUGAGAAAGCGCAAACUCCGGGUAAAAGAUAUUUUCGCAGGGUGAAU